GCUUCUCCCGCAAAACCGUUAAAAGCCACGUGUAGCGAUCGUGGUGCGGCACAUUAGUAGCUAGCAAACAGCCGACAGCAUGAUACGACUCAAAGCAUGGCUAUGGACGUUACAGAUAGGAACGAUAUGCUUGCUGCUUCAGGGAAUCUCUGGACAAACAACACCCAAACCGGUGAAGAAAGCUCAUCGGUUAGUUAUUAUAGACUACGAAAGAGUAGGAACUGCGACCGGACAAGCUUCCGCACCGUUGAGGGUCCAGAGUACCACGGCACGACCGGCUUCGUUACAGGUCGGACCUGUCGCAGUGAGGACGGGUGGAAUGAAUCAGCAAAUUGCAUACGGCGGAGGAAUGGUGCAACCGAUGGCAUUGAUGCCAGCAAUGGAACCGCCUGAAUGUGCAAACUGUUCCACCGAUGUUGUGUUUGUGUGGCCUGACAUUCACUACGAAGAGUCCAGCCUCGGUUGGUACGCCAACCUGAGCUAUCCGGACUAUUCGGCGCUGGACAUGAACGCAAACAACUUAUCGGUAAGUGACAAUUGGGUGAAACCGCUUGCAGUCGACACAGGAACCCCAGUAUCCCAGCUAAAUGAUGGGAAGAUCGCUACCAUUCAACCUUCCGACGGGGAUUUAAUGGUCCCGCUUCCUCCGGUCAUCAUUCCACCUCCGGCACCGAGCAUUACCGGCAACCAAAAUCUGCAAGAAUCGGCAGUUGCACCAACAUCCUUGACGACGCCCGCCCCUGUAUCAUCCACCAUGCGAACGAGUGCAAAAUCCCCUACCAAGCGGCGCGUUAAAAUAUCCCGUUCGACCACCACUUCUACAACGACUACCACUACAACGGUACCACCGAGGCGUAAAACAAAGAAACCCAAAAAAGUUAAAAAUGGCAGAAUCCUGAAACAAGCGGCAACAACCACCACCACCACCACAACCACCACCACCACCCCCACCCCCGGUAGGUCGAAAACUGGUAGACAGAAGGAAAAACGAGUCCGCAAAAGUACCACCACCACGCUCAGCACUACUCCCGAGACCAGGAAAAUGGCGAAAGAAAGAAAAAGAAUGUAGAGAAAGAGAUAUGAAAAGAAAGAGAGUGCUUGGCGGUGAGUUCCAGUGAUUAUUACAUAUAACCACGCAUGGGGGGGAUGAAGAUGCAGCUGCGUGUCUGUAUGUACGCGAAAGGGACGAAUAAAGCGCCUUAAUCCGUACUACCUACGGGUAGGUUGUGCAAAUGGGGGUUUGCUCAAAUGGCAGCCAGUACAACAAUUCAUUUUAAA